ACCCCGUCCCGGAAGUGCCGGGCAGCAGGAGGAGGCGGUUACCCCCAGCUGCGGUUCGGGCGCUGGAGCUAAAAUGGCGACGAAAACAGUGACCGGGAUUCGCCUCAGCGCGCUCUGUCCAAAGUUUUUGCACACAAAUUCUACCAGUCAUACCUGGCCUUUCAGUGCAAUUGCAGAACUUAUAGACAAUGCUUAUGAUCCAGAUGUGAAUGCUAAACAAAUAUGGAUAGAUAAGACAGUAAUAAAUGACAACGUAUGUUUGACAUUUACUGAUAAUGGAAAUGGUAUGACAUCAGAGAAGUUGCACAAAAUGCUAAGUUUUGGAUUCAGUGACAAAGUUGCAGUCAACGGCCGCGUUCCAGUAGGGCUGUAUGGAAAUGGAUUCAAAUCAGGAUCCAUGCGCCUGGGAAAAGAUGCAAUUGUUUUCACCAAAAAUGGAGAGUCUAUGUGUGUUGGCCUGUUAUCUCAGACCUACCUGGAAGCUAUAAAAGCCGAGCAUGUCAUGGUUCCUAUAGUAUCAUUCGACAGGCAACGUCAGAUGAUUAACCCAGGAGAAUCCAGAGGCAACCUGAAAGCCCUUCUGACACAUUCUUUGUUCUCUUCUGAAGAUAAGUUAUUGGCAGAGCUUGAUGCUAUCCUGGGGAAAAAAGGAACACGAAUUAUCAUUUGGAACCUAAGAAGAGAUAAAAAUGGAAAAACAGAAUUUGAUUUUGAUAAGGAUAAAUAUGACAUAAGAAUUCCAGAAGACUUAGAUGAAGCAACAGGAAAACGAGGGUAUAAAAAACAAGAGAGAAUGGACCAAAAUGUGCCUGAAAGUGACUAUUCUCUACGGGCUUAUUGUAGCAUUUUGUAUCUGAAGCCAAGAAUGCAGAUUGUUAUAAGAGGACAAAAAGUACAAACACAGCUCGUUUCCAAAAGCCUUGCAUAUAUCGAACGUGAUAUUUAUAGACCAAAAUUUUUGGGUGCUAAAACUGUAAGAAUCACCUUUGGAUUUAACUGCAGAAAUAAAGAUCAUUAUGGAAUAAUGAUGUACCAUAGAAACAGACUUAUCAAAGCGUAUGAAAGAGUUGGCUGUCAAUUAAAGGCAAACAACAUGGGUGUUGGUGUAGUUGGAAUUAUAGAAUGUAACUUCCUAAAACCAACACAUAAUAAACAAGAUUUUGAUUAUACCAAUGAAUACAGGCUUACAAUAGCAGCCCUAGGAGAAAAGUUAAAUGAUUACUGGAAUGAAAUGAAAGCCAAGAAAAAUGAAGAAUAUCCUCUGGAUUUGUUAGUGGAAGACAUACAAAAACGGCCUGAUCAGACAUGGGUUCAGUGUGAUUCAUGUCUGAAAUGGCGAAAGCUUGCAGAUGGGAUAGAUCGCUUGCCAGAAAAAUGGUACUGUUCAUUGAACCCUGACCCACAAUUCAGAGAUUGCAAUGUACCAGAAGAACCAGAAGAUGAUGACUUAAUACAUCCUACGUAUGAGAAAACCUAUAAGAAAAGAGACAAGGAAAAAUUGAGAAAACGAAUGGAAAACAGUCAACAGAUGGCUAAUGAAAUGUAUUUAAAAACCUUUCAUGUUUCUUCAAGUAAAGAUUUUAAAACAUUGUCAUCUGUGAGUGGAAAGGAGGGUAUUCCAAGAUCUCGGUUAACAGAAUCCUCAAACACUUCUGUUACAAGAUCUCUAAACACUUCAAAUAACAGAUUUGUAUCUUCACCUCAUCCAGAUUCUGACAGCAGUCUUAAACGGAGGGCUUCUGGUUGUUUGACACCCAUAACUGCAAAGACACCGCGGUUACAUAAUCAAGUAAUUGAUAAUCAUGCUGAAGAUGAUGAUGAAGAUGUCAUAAUUUUAGAGGAGAGUAGUACUCCAAAGCCUGCAGGAGACUCUGAUAUAGUGAUAAUAAAAACUGAACAUAUUAGUGAGGAUCAAGGGAGCAUACCCAAAGAAAGCUGUGAUGUCAAGGAACCUUGUGGUACAGUUACUUCUGAGACUAAAUGUGGACACUGGACUGCAGCAACACAAACUGAGAUCCCAAACUUAGUUGUUAAAAAGGAAGAAGUGGAAGAUAGCCCAGGUAAUCCGCUGUCUGCAUCAGAAAUGGACAGACUUGGACCAAACCUUCAAGAAAUUGCAAAUGUUUCUGAGACCUCUUCUGCAGAUCUUGGAAUUAAAUUAAAUGAACUAAAAAAUCAGUUGCAAUUAACAAACGAAGAAAAAGAAACUUACUGGAAACAGUGUGAAAUGUUAGCCCAACAGGUGGAAAUGCUGGAGCAGAAGAUAGUAGAAAUGAAUGAUAAGUAUGUGAAAAAGGAAAUGUGCCAUCAAUCAACUGAGACUAAUACCACAUUCCCUGAACAUUUCCAGGAACAUAGUCCAGAAGGCAUAGCUAUUCUGUACCAACAAGCCUUAAAAGAGAUAGAAAAUCUAAAGGAACAGUGCAAUACUCUGCAAAACUUAAAAACUGAAUGCAGCAAAUGUACUAAUGGUGACAGUAAAAGUGAAGUGGAUGAAAUUGCUGUGCAACUUGAUGAUGUCUUCAGACAACUAGAUAAAUGCAGUAUUGAGAGGGACCAAUACAAAAAUGAGAUUGAACUGCUGUCAAUGGAGAAAACUCAAAUAGCCUUUCAGUGUGAGGAGCUUAAAACAGAAAUUGCACAAUUAAAAGCUUCAAUUCCACAAGCGGUAGCACAAGCAGGUGAUUCUACAACCAGUAAUGUUGAAGAUCAUGUAAAUUACUCCGAUGAAGAAAGCCUGAAACUGCGAUCCCUUCGAGUAAAUGUUGGACAUUUGUUGGCUACAAUUAUGCCUGAUCUAGAUUUAAAGGAAGUAAAUUAUGAUGUUGAUGUAGUUGAUGAAAUCUUAGGGCAAGUUGUGGAACAAAUGCAUGAAAUCAGCAGUACUUAGUAUUGGACUCAGUAGACGUUUGCUCAAUCUCUACUAUAUUGUACAGUAAAUACUGUAAAUAUUGUUUUCAUUUUAUGUUUGAGUAAUUUAGAUAUAUUAUGUACCACAAACCCAAUGUAAAAUGUAUAUAUUCUAUGCACUCAAAUGUUCCCACAGAGAUGGCAGGUACUUUACUGUGUAACUUUAACUUUAUUUUUAAAGGAACACUGUCAGUGUUGAGCAACCCCAGACAUACUUAAAUUUAAAUGUUUUUGUUUUAAAAUGUAAAUGUAUUUGUAAUUAAAUCUGCAGAUAUUUUUAUUACUUCUUUGGUAUCGCAGUCAUUUUGUACAAAGUUGUUCAGCUUUCUUUUGAUUUUGUACUAUCUCAUUGAUCGUUAAAUUUGUUUGUUCUUGCAAAAUGAAGACAGUGGCAUUAAAAGUACCAUCUUUGAUUUCUCCUUCAGAAUAAACAUUGUAAAUUUCAGUAUUGCCCUUGCUGAUAAUGGUUGAAAGAUAAACCCAGUGUUGUAUGUGAUCAAAACAUAACCAUUAGAUUCAUAUGUUAUCCUCCUUGAUAGCACCUUUUUGAUAGUACAGUAACAGUCUUACCUUGACAAGUAUGAAAUACUCCUAGUUCCUGUCAAAGCCGGUGAGAUUUGCAGGUACCCAGUAGCAUUCAAAAAAAUUACAUGUAGUGCCCAACUACUUACAGACAUAGUCUUGGCAUAUGCUGUGUAAGGUUAGUUGCAUAGCAUUGCUAGUGCAUUUCAAUCCUGACCUGAAACAGGAGAUCAGUACUAGAUAGACCUGUUCCUUGAGCAAAAUUUACCAAUCAGAUUAAAUUGUGUAGUGGUUUUGUGAUGUGGACAAAUGCCUUUUACGUAUGUAUCUUAAAUCCCCCCCCAAAAAUUAUUGUUGUAAUAUCAAAUGUUGAGUUCAUUGUGAAAGUACCAGGUUUUCUUUCAGGCUGAUGUGAAACAGUGCUGUAAUUAGAGUCUUUUGAUCUGGCUUCCCUUAAAAAUGAAAAUAAUAAAGGAGUGCUGUUUGAACCACGAUGAUCUAGAAAAUAUUCAAGAGGAAAUGGUUUUUGUAAAUAGUGCCUUUAUUGGACUAACAGUGUGGCUGGGAGAGAUUUAGACAAGCUUUUGGGUACAACAUUUUUCAGGUCACCCUGAAAACGGUGUCUUUAGGAGACCUGAAGAAGUGUGCCUUGUACCUAAACAUUUCUCACAGCCUUGUAGCUGAUCCAACAAAAUACGUGACCCACAAAAACCCUUGCCUCUCAAAAAGUAUGCUGUAUGGUUACAGUGGACUACUACAUUAUUUUAAUUAAAUCUCUAAUCUUUAUUGGAAGCUCACUGUCGAGUUAAAGUAAACAUUUUCCUUUCCCAUUAUAUUUACAACCAGUGAGUUCAUAAAGAUUAAAAAUUGUAAAUCUGAUUUAAUUAUUUUUUCAAUUUGAAACGUUUUGUCCUGGGCAAAAAAAGAUGGAAUCAUUUUUUUUGUUUCUAGUCAGGUUCUACUGCUUAAGCACAAUUGGCACAAUCUGCCAAACACUGUUCAGACUUUUUAAUGGUGCUGAGAGGAAAGAAACAUGGGUGUAAUGAUGGUGUGAUCAUUGCAUUCCCCACCACCUUGGCAGUUGAGCAGUCACCAGAAAAGAGACGUGGCAUAUACACCGUAUCUCCAUGAUGCUUGUCAUUUGAAUAGUGGUCUAAAUACAACCUGUUCCAAUAAAGACUUCCAAUCUUUGAAUUGAAACUUUCAAAAUAAUCAUGAAAACAUCUUUAGAACUAGGUUUUAUGAAAUGUAUUUUUAUAAAAUUAAAACCAUUGGCUUCCACAGUGUUACUGUCUCAUUUUAAAUUGGGUUGUAUUCCCAAGUUGUACUUCACCUAGUCUAAGUUAAGAGUAUUGUCUGAAAACUAACAUAUACCUGAUCUAGUAUUAUACUAAUAGGGAUAAAGCAAUACUCUUAUGCUUAUAAUGGCUAAUGCUUAAUUUGAAAAGAUGGCUGUAAUGUAAAAAUGUUCUUACAACUUUUAAAAACUUAUAUUUUCCAUUAAUUGGUGUGCACUUUUUCAAGCUGAUGUCUUUAUUGUUAAUUUAUUACCUCUGUUCAUCAAUUGCUUCUGUAGUUGACUUUAUUAUAGAUGACUGGUAAAAUAUAACAUAUCUAUAUUGAAAAUAAGAACUUUAUACUGUACAUUAAACUUUGAAAAAAAUUAGUAAAUUGAAAUGUUUUUAUUUACUUGUUAAAGUAAAUAGAUGUAUUUUUUGUAUUAAAAAAAUCUGGUUUUCUGUGAGAUCAAAUCUUGUAACUAGUCAAAUGCAAAUUUUUGCUUUAAAUAAAAGCUAUGAAUAAUG